GCCAGCAGACAACUCUGAUGCACAGACAGCUGCCAUUUCUCUCUUCUCCCUCUUAUGUUUCUCUCCUGCACCGCCACCACCACCCCCCCCCCCCCCCUCUCUCAACUACGUAUUCCCUUUCCUUCAGUCUACUGCUGGCCCGCACUUUUCCUCAGGCGAAUAUAAAGGCAGGUCCUGUUGGAGAGCGCUUGUGUAAUCUUGGCUGCACAUGAGCACCGGGGUCUCUUUGCCUGAUUCAGCUGCAAAAGCUCACACGGAUGAGCUCUCGCUGCUCGGUGGACAAGGUUGAGAGAGGGAAGAAGGAGCACCUUUAAGGACAAAGUUGGAAUUAAGGUACUGGAACUUUACGCGCACCAUGACGGGAUCUCUGCUGCUGCUGCUGCUGUCCCUGUUGGUGCUCUCCACAGGAAGUGAUAGCAGAAGAAUCAGGAAAAGAGGACUGAACCAAAAGGACUACGAGCAUCCCAACCACCCGCAAUCCACACAGCACCAGAAGAAUGACCGCUGCCCACCACCCCCUCAGAUGCUCCCAGAAAGGGCCUGUGAGGUCCCAGGCUGCCGUUCAGACUCAGAGUGUGAGCGCCACAAACGCUGCUGCUACAACGGCUGCAUCUACGCCUGCCUGGAGUCUGUUCAGCCCCCACCAGUCCUUGACUGGCUCGUGCAGCCCAAGCCUAGGUGGUUGGGAGGCAACGGCUGGCUACUGGAUGGUCCUGAGGAGGUGCUGCAGGCCGAGGCGUGCAGUACAACAGAAGAUGGCGACGAACCUCUCCACUGUCCCACUGGAUACGAGUGCCACAUCAUCAACCCAGGAAACCCCGCCACUGGCAUCCCUAACCGGGGACAGUGCAUCAAGCAACGUGCCAACUCUGAUGGACGCGGUCUAAGACACAAAUUUUUCAAGGACUACAAGGACUACUUAGGUACCAGUACAAACAAUGCAGUGGGCUAUGAGAAGCAUCACAAGCACCUGGGAUAAGCAACACCUAGUACUCUUUUUUUUUCUUCUCUUAUGCUCUUGCUUUCAAACUACACUUUCCUUUUUAUGUUGUAAGUUCUCCAAUUAAACAACCCCAACACUUGCACUGGUGUUGAAGCUGCUUUUCACCACACAUCAGUCAGAAGAGAGUAAACGCUACUACCUCUUCUCGUCUCUACGCUCCACAAAGCCCUAAUCUCAGGCAUGCUACUAUCUGACAGCCAAAGAAAGUUGGUGCUUUUCCACAUUAUGUAUCAUCUCUGAGUAAAGGUCAAGUCGAGAAGUUGUGAGGGUAUCAAUGAUGCUUACCAAAUAUCUCAAGUAGUAAUUCUAUUACCAUAGUCUUAGGACCAUUCCUAUUUGGAAAAUUUCCUCCACUCUACUCAAGGCCUGGGGGCCAUAUCUGGCACACAACAUUUUAUGUGGCCCCCAGUAGCAACUCAAUGUUUUUGCAGAUUGUGCCUGCGUGCGUGCGUAUAACAAAUCCAUCUUCCUGGCAAGGUUAAAGUUUUAAGGCUGGUCAAUUGGAAAAAAAGGAAGACAAUCUGGUUCUAGAGGAUUCUCUCUCUUUCUCUGAAGGCCAAAUUUCCUGCCCUGAAAGCUGGAAUGUUUCACGGGCAAACUGAACAUUUCCAUAUGUGGUAGUUGAAAUUUAAGAUUUUCAGAUUGAAUAUAUUAGCAACAAAUGUGUCACAAAUAAUACACGCCAUAGCAAUUUGAUUUGUAGACUUGCAUGGCUUCACCGGUGCAACGCUAUCGACCAAGAAAACAUGCAAUUUUACGUCAUUGAUGCUGCUCAAUUUUUUUCUGCCUGCAAUAACUAACAGCAGGAUAAGCUGUUUUCCAUCAUUAAUGCACAAAACAAGAUGACUGUGUUGAACAAAAGCCGUAACAUUGACUCUGUGGUGCUCUCUUGUUUUUAGUAAAUAAAACAUAAUAUGUGAAAUAAGA